AUGGAGAUGGCUGACCAGAGAGCAGAAAAUAACGUCGUCUCCGACCAACCCCAGAAUAGUAUUGCAGACUUUGAUCCCCCAAAGAAACCCAAGACAAAGAAGUUCGUUGUUGCCUGUGCCGUUUUGGCUUCAAUGACGUCUAUCUUACUGGGUUAUGAUAUUGGUGUAAUGAGUGGAGCAUCUCUCUUCAUCAAAGAAAACCUCAAUAUCAGCGAUGUUCAAGUUGAAGUUCUUAACGGUACCUUGAACAUAUACUCUCUCAUUGGCUCCGCCUUAGCCGAUAAAACCUCUGACUGGAUUGGACGCCGGUACACCAUAGUACUUGCCGGAACAAUCUUCUUUAUUGGAGCUCUCCUCAUGGGUUUUGCCCCGAACUACGCCUUCCUCAUGUUCGGUAGAUUCAUUGCCGGAGUUGGAGUUGGCUAUGCUCUCAUGAUAGCUCCUGUCUACACCGCCGAGAUCUCUCCGGCCUCGUUUCGUGGCUUCCUCACAUCUUUCCCCAAGUGUUUGGGAAACACUAUAAUUAUAGGGGAGGUUUUGCCAAAAUUUCAGCAGAAUUUAAGAAUAUACUACAAUCUCAACAACAUUAACGAGUCCAUGGCCGCCCACCUAAAGAGGCUCUUCACUGACCUUUACAAGCAGUGCAGCAAUGGUAGAGAAGAGCUAGUCUUUCUUCAGGAGACAGCCUCCCAGCUUCCCCUCGACACCAGGAUUAAGGGCGUGGAUCUGUCCUAG